AUGACGUCAUCGAACACGCCACCAUCGCCAACUUCACCGCCACGGACCCCACAUCCCCAGCGCCAACUACACCGCCACCACGGACCCCACAUCCCCAGCGCCAACUACACCGCCACCACGGACCCAACAUCACCAGCGCCAACUACACCGCCACCACGGACCCCACAUCCCCAGCGCCAACUACACCGCCACCACGGACCCCACAUCCCCAGCGCCAACUACACCGCCACCACGGACACCACAUCCCCAGCGCCAAAUACACCGCCACCACGGACCCCACAUCCCCAGCGCCAACUACACCGCCACCACGGACCCCACAUCCCCAGCGCCAACUACACCGCCACCACGGACCCCACAUCCCCAGCGAACGCUAACGCCACCAACGCACUCAUCACAGCACCAGCUAUGAACACGUUCAUAUUUGCGCUGCUAAUCUUUGGCUUCGUCGCAAUGACUACAGUGGAGGGCGGCAGAAGAGGUGGUGUUAUUGCCGGUGGCCAAUUCAGUGGCGGUAUAAUCGGCGGUGGAGGCGGACAUGGCGGUGGCGGCGUCAUAGCCGGGGGCAGUGCAUCGGGCGGCAUCGCGGCAGGUGGAAACAAUGGCAACGGCGGCUUCAUUGCAGGAGGAAGCGCCAGCGGAGGCGGAAUUUUCGGACGUCCAGGCUAA